AAUAAUCCCGCGAGUCCUACUUUCAGAAAAGCUAAAAAAGAAAGCAAAAUAAAGUGGUGGUAUAAUGAUGAAAUUGUGAAUUCUCCGAGUUAUAUGCAUCCGUCAGAAUCAAAAACAGCUUUUUAGAGGAUUGAAAAGAUGGUUUUGGGGUGUUUCCCUUUGAAAAGCAAGAAGAAACGUGGCUCUGUUUCUAUGAAGCGGUUAGAUCUUGAAGAAAGCAAGCCAACUGCUUUACCUGAGCCACCAAAGAUUCCAAGUCGUAAUUUACAAUCAGCUCCUCCGAGUUUCAGAACUCGUGUGAAGCCAAUUCAAUCUAACAACGGUGGAACCGGGGAGAUGAGUAGCCGGGCAAGAGUCAUGUCUGCCCCGUCAAGCAUCCACGGUGCAGCGGAACGGGAUUUGCUUGCUGGAGUUUACCACGAUGAGCAAGAUGAACAACCAAGAGAUCCACGUACUUCUACUAAAGAAUCUAGCCCUCAACCGCUCCCGUUACCAUCACCAAGAACUGGUUCUUCGUUGAAGAAUUGGGGGAGCUUUAAGUCGUUUAACGGAAGCAGCGGUCGGUUAUCCUCAUCCGCAGCUGUAUCUGGACCUUUACCUUUGCCACCUAGCGGGUCAGUUAGGAGCUUUUCAUAUGAUGAAGUUAUGGCUGCCUGUAACGCUUUUUCGUCUGACCGAUGCGUCGUGGAAGGUCUUUCAUCUGUUAUGUAUAUGGCUUCCUUUGGUGAUGAGGCUUCGACCUCAGGCUUAAAGAAGGUUGACGCAACUGUUGUGCGACUUCACGUAACUACUCAGAGUAUCAGGGAGUUCAUUAAUGAAGUCAACACAUUGGCGUCGCUGCAACACCAGAAUCUUUGUAAGCUGGCAGGCUAUCAUGCCCGUGACGGUUCUGACACAAGAAUGUUGGUGUACGAGAGGCUUGCUCUCGGGAGCCUGGACCGGUUACUCCAUGGGAGAUCAGAUGGGCCUCCUCUUGAUUGGAACACUAGAAUGAAGAUUGCUCUAUGCGCAGCGCAGGGCCUAACCUUCUUGCAUGAAGAAGGCCCUUUUCAGGCAAUGUACAAUGAAUUUUCGACGGCGAAUAUCCAAGUCGAUAAAGAUUUCAGUGCCAAGCUAUCAGGAUACGGUUGCGCAGGCCAUGCGCCUGAGACAGAGACAUCUAAUAGUUCAGCACUUGCGAAUCUCCCGGUUGAGACGCUAGAGAGAGGGAUUUUGACCCCGAAGAGCAAUGUGUGGAGCUAUGGAAUAGUUCUUCUUGAGAUGUUGACGGGGCGGAAAAACAUGGACGGGUCUUACCCGAAAGAAGAGAGGAACUUAGUGAAAUGGAGCAGAGCUUUUCUAGCAGACGAUUGCAGGCUCUCGCUUAUAAUGGAUCCUCAGCUUAAAGGUCGGUUUCCGGCAAAAGCGGCAAGGAGCAUAGCAGAUAUAGCACAGAAAUGUCUGCAGGUGGAGCCAUCAGAGCGUCCAACCAUGAGAAACAUCGUGGAUCAACUUAAGAUCAUACAGGACAUGAAGUACUCGUGUAGGUUCCCUUUAAGAGAACCCGCACCAGUCACGGCAAGGAAACAUAUGGGAAGAUCAAGCAGUCUGAACACGAUUAUUUGGACCCCGUCAUCAGUGCCACCAAGGUCGAGUUUUUCACCGUCGCCUCCACCACGACGACCGUCCGUUUCACCCACAAGGGGACGGCCGCUUGUGUUUCCGCCAGUGUUUCCACCGCGAGCGUGUUCAUCUUUGGAGGAAAUGGCUCGGGAAGAGGUUAGGAGAUCGUCUUCAGCCAGUGGACCUUAUCCACACAGAGCGACUCCAUUUUCUCGCCGGCGUAAGAACAAAAUGGCCGGAAGAGCGCUUUUCUCUGUAUCUUCAUGUCCUCCUUCCUUGUGCAUCCCUUAUUCAACUGCUUCAUUUUCAUCGGUGAAUCGAUUGGCGCUCCCCGCCGUCCGGAUUUCUCCCCGAACCAACAGAUUUCCCAGGAUUCACUGCUCUUUGUCUGCUAACGACAUCAAAGCCGGAACCAAUAUCGAAGUCGAUGGUGCUCCUUGGCGUGUACUUGAGUUUCUUCAUGUAAAACCAGGAAAAGGUGCGGCAUUUGUGAGGACUAAGAUCAGGAACUAUGUAAAUGGUAGCACUGUGGAGAGAACAUUUCGUGCUGGAAUUUCUGUUGAGGAAGCUAAUAUAUACAAAGAAACCAAACAGUUCACAUACAAAGAUGGGUCUCAGUUUGUUUUCAUGGAUUUGACCACAUACGAAGAAACACGUCUUAACGAAUCUGAUAUGGGUGAGAAGACGAAAUGGUUGAAAGAAGGAAUGGAAUGCAUUUUGCUGUAUUGGAAAGACAAGGUUAUCGAUUUCGAUCUACCGAUUACAGUUAAGCUAAAAGUGGUUGACGUUGAUCCUGGCCUUCGCGGUGAUACUGUGCAAGGUGGAUCAAAACCGGCGACAAUGGAAACGGGUGCAAUAGUUGCUGUACCACUCUUUAUUAACGUUGGUGAAGAGAUAUUCGUGGAUACUAGAACUGGUGCAUACAUGAACCGGGCGUGAUCCGGGUCUACUACACCUAGUUAAGUGGUUCCUUAACAACGAGGCAAUGAUACAUCUUUUUUUGUAUAUGAGAAUGUUCGAAUCCGGGGACAUAUGUUUGUUUUUUUGAACACCGAGAGACAUAAUUUCGAUUAAAUAAAAAUUUAUAUAACUC